AUGGCAGCAAUGAUAGUUGACUUUCAAAACUGCUCCAUCUUCAUUCUCCUCUGCUUCUUCCCAUUUCUCUGUUACUCCGUCUUCUUCUUCUUCAAGAAGACAAAUGACUUGGGUCCGAGCCCUCCCUCUUUGCCGAUCAUCGGCCAUCUUCACCAUUUUCUCUCAGUUCUACCCCACAAGGCUUUUCAGAAAAUCUCGACCAAGUAUGGACCUCUCCUCCAUCUCCACAUUUGCAGUUUUCCCAUAGUCCUUGUUUCUUCUCCCACAAUGGCCCACGAGAUAUUCACGACACACGACUUAAACAUCUCGUCUCGCAACACACCUGCCAUCGACGAGUCUCUCCUGUUUGGACCUUCCGGCUUCACGGUAGCUCCUUAUGGAGACUACGUUAAGUUCAUAAAGAAGCUUCUUGCGACGAAGCUUCUUCGACCGCGGGCAAUCGAGAAGUCACGAGGUGUCCGUGCAGAGGAGCUAAAGCAAUUUUAUCUUAAACUGCACGAUAAGGCGUUGAAGAAAGAAAGCAUUGAGAUUGGUAAGGAAACGAUGAAGUUCACUAACAACAUGAUCUGCAGGAUGAGCAUUGGGAGGAGUUUUUCAGAGGAGAACGGUGAGGUAGAGACUCUGAGGGAAUUGAUUAUCAAAUCGUUUGCCUUAUCGAAGCAGAUUCUGUUUGUAAACGUAUUACGUAGGCCACUGGAGAUGCUUGGACUAAUGUCACUGUUUAAGAAAGAUAUAAUGGAUGUUUCAAGAGGGUUUGAUGAGUUGUUGGAGAGGGUUCUUGCGGAGCAUGAAGAGAAACGGGAGGAGGAUCAAGAUAUGGACAUGAUGGAUUUGCUGUUGGAAGCUUGUCGAGACGAAAACGCAGAGUAUAAAAUCACUAGGAACCAGAUCAAGUCAUUGUUCGUGGAAAUUUUUUUGGGAGGCACAGACACCUCGGCACACACAACGCAGUGGACAAUGGCGGAGCUCGUUAACAACCCAUACAUUCUUGGGAGAUUAAGAGACGAAAUUGAUCUCGUUGUAGGGAAAGAAAGAUUGAUUCAAGAAACAGAUCUACCAAACCUCCCUUAUUUGCAAGCAGUGGUUAAGGAAGGGCUACGCUUGCACCCACCGGCACCUUUACUGGUUAGAAUGUUCGACACAAAAUGUGUGAUCAAAGAUUUCUUCAAAGUACCGGAAAAAACAACACUUGUUGUUAAUGUUUAUGGUGUGAUGAGGGAUCCAGAUUCUUGGGAAGAUCCUAAUGAGUUCAAGCCAGAGAGGUUUCUAACUUCAAAGCAAGAAGAAGAGAAAGUAUUGAAGUACCUUCCUUUUGCAGCUGGAAGAAGGGGAUGUCCUGCAACAAAUGUAGGCUAUAUCUUUGUAGGAAUCUCAAUUGGAAUGAUGGUGCAAUGCUUUGACUGGAGUAUCAAAGAUAAGGUUAGUAUGAAAGAGGUCUAUGCAGGAAUGAGUCUUUCCAUGGCUCAUCCCCCAAAGUGCACUCCAGUUUCUCGACUCAGCCUUUAAUGUGCAGAGCCCGAGCUUAUGAUCUCGAAGAUCGGGCUAUGGUUCAUCUUCUUCACUACAUUACUGUUCUUUUAUAUCA